AUGGCAGACAGCAGCGCAUCAUCCAGACAGUCUGUGAGUGACCUGAGGAUUGCCCUGCUGGGCACGAGUAUGUCAGAAAACAGCAGAUUGGGCAACCUAAUCUUGAGUAAUGAUGUGUUUGGAAAGAAAACGCCAUCAUCUGAAGAAGAGCACAGUGGAAGAGUGGAGGACAGAAACAUCACAGUCAUCAGCACUGACCUGCUCAGAUCAAAGCUCAAACUAGAAACCGCAACACAGAAGGCAUUAGAGCUGUCUCAUUUUAAUCCUGAUGUGAUCAUUCUGGUGCUGCAGAACAAUGAAUUCAGGCACUUUCACAAAGAACGAAUAUCUUCAGUGCUGAUCUACUUUGGUGAGCAGACAAUGAAGCGCACGAUGAUUCUGACUACUGAUGACAAGAAACAAAGCAGUAAACAGCAGUCUAGGAAAUGGGUGGGCAACCAACAAUUAUCCCCAAGCCUAACUCAGUCUGAUGAAACAACCGACUACACUACCUGGGAUGCAAUCCCAGUGAGAGAUCUGAGGAUUCUUCUUCUGGGUAAAAGCGUGUCAGAAAACAGCCGUGUGGGAAACUCGAUCUUGGGUCGAUCAGCGUUUGACAGUGAAGCUCCUCCAGAUGUUGUGGAGAGAGUCGGAGGAAGACUGAAGCACAGACACGUGACGCUCAUCAACAGUCCUCAGCUGCUCCAGCUUCAUGUUUCACUUCAUCAGAUCGCACAGACUGUCAGAGAGUGUGUGCGUCUGUCUGAUCCAGGACCUCAUGUCUUCAUGAUCAUACUGCAGUAUGAAGACUUCACUGAAGAAGACAGAUACAGAGUGAAAAGUGUCCUGAAAGAGUUCAGUGAAGAAGCCAUCAGACGCACCAUAGUGCUCACGACUGAUGGCAAGACACGUGGAUCAGGGCUUGGUUAUUUUCCCAAAAAUACUACAUUGAAUCUGUUGAUAAAGGAGUGUGGUGGAGGACAUCUGCAGCUUGAUGAAGGAAAACCAGAAUGGCGGUAUGAGAUAUUGAAGAAAGUUGAUGAGGUUCUGAAGGGAAAUGAGAAAAAAUAUCUCACUUGUGAGAGAUAUAAAGAUGUUAAAGAGACAUCAGUGAAUGAAAAGGGGAAGAUAUCUGCUGAAGAAAGUGAGAAGAGUGACACAGAUUAUGGAAAUCUCAUAGAAAGAUGCAGUAAAGAUGUAAGAAAUGCUGAUGAUCUGAGGAUUGUGCUGCUGGGAAAGACAGGUGUUGGGAAGAGUGCAUCAGCAAACACCAUACUGAGAAGAGAAGCUUUUAAAUCAGUGCUGACUUCACAAUCAGUGACCAAAGAGUGUCAGAAAGACACCGCCGAGUUGAACAGAAAACGUAUAACCGUGAUCGACACUCCAGGCCUGUUCGACACUGGAGUUGAUAAUCAUGAAACCAUGAAAGAGAUUGUGAAGUGUGUGUCAAUGGCAGCACCAGGACCACAUGUGUUUCUACUGGUGAUUUCACUGGGACGGUUCACCCAAGAGGAGAAAGAUGCAGUGAAGAUGAUCCAGGAGAGGUUUGGUGAUCAAUCCAGCAGGUACACCAUGGUGCUCUUCACCAGAGGAGAUGAUCUGAAAGGAACCAGCAUUGAAGACUUUAUUGAAGAAGACAGAAGCUUACAGAACCUCCUCCAUCAGUGUGAAAACAGAUAUCAUGUGUUCAAUAAUGAUGAGACUAAAGAUCUAAUGCAGGUCUCUGAACUGCUGGAGAAGAUUGACUGCAUGGUGGCAGCAAAUGAAGGAAGUUUCUACACCAAUGAGAUGUUUCAACAGGUGGAGAAAAACAUCAGAGAAGAGCAAAAGAGAAUCCUGAAAGAGAAAGAAGAUGAGAUCAAUAGGAAAAAAGACGACAUAGGAGACAAAUAUGAAGUAGAAAUGGAGCAAAUGAAGAAGGAAAAUGAGCGAAAAAGACAGGAGAUGCAAGAUGAACUGAGAAAGCACAAUGAGGAGUUUAAAAAGAAAGAGGAGGAGAUUAAGAAAGAAAAAGAUGAAAGACUACAAAAAAAGCUGCAGAAAAAGCAAGAGGAACAGCAGAAACAGUUUGAAGAAAAGAUUAAGAGGAUGGAGAAGGCUCUGGAAGAACAACAGCAGAACCUCAUCAAAUGCCUGGAAGUAAAACAUGAGAAAGAAAAGGAAAAGCUCAAGGAGGAAAUAAAACGUGAAACUAGAAAGCAAGCAGAGCAGGAAUAUCGUAAAAGAAUUGAUAGUAUACCAUACAGGUCAAAGCGAGCUAGUGACUGGGGUUACUAUGUUCCUGUUGUUGGAGCAGCUGCUGGCGCAGUUGUUGGUUCUGGUGAAGACCUUUUUCAUUGGAUUUUUGGUUGA